AUGGGUAUCUUGGGCGUGGAUGAGCUGGGUGGAGAUGCUCCAUUGAUGGAGGCAGGAUUGGACUCUUUGUCCUCGGUGGAUUUCCGGAACUCCGUCGCCAAGGAAUUGCCAGGAGUGAAGUUGCCCAGCACCUUGAUGUUCGACCAUCCCAACACCAACGCGAUUGCGGCCUUUGCCGCAGAACAGCUGGCAUCAGUGGUGACUGCGAUGGGCGACGCGCCCGCCGCAGUGGCCCGCGCACCGAAGCCACGGGUGGCAUUGCCGGUGGCUCCGGUAGGCGAAGUCUCAAGUCGAGCUCCAGUGGCAGUGCAUGGUGCCGCCUGCCGCUUCCCCUUGGAGGGGACAAGCCCACUCGAGAUGUGGGAGCAAUUGACCAAGAAGACUGACGAUGGAGUCACCGAGAUCCCCUUGGAGCGAUGGGAUGUCGACCAAUACUUUGAUGAGGAUGCAGAGACUCCAGGGAUGAUGACGGUGCGCCAUGGUGCCUUUGUGAAGAGUGCAGACCUCUUCGACGCGUCCUUCUUUGGGCUGAGCCCCGCAGAAUCCAAGGUCAUGGAUCCUCAACAGCGGCUGCUUCUGGAGCUGCAGGUGAUCUACCAGUCCUUCCAUGUUUCAGGAAAGCCCAUGGGCUCGUUGUCCAAUCUGGAUGCCAGCGUUUGUGUCGGUCAAUGCAACAAUGACUGGGGUCACAUGGGCUUCAGCGGCUCUGUCGAAAGCUCCGAAAAGAUUGGUCCUUACACCGGCCUGGCGGUUUCCACGUCGAUCUCCUCCAAUCGGGUCUCCUACUUGUUGGGCUUGAAGGGUCCAUCUGCCACGGUGGACACGGCAUGCUCUUCCUCUUUGGUGGCUGUGGACAUCGUGGUGUCCAACCUGCGGAGGGGCCGGAGCUCCACUGGAGCGGCUUCUGGUGUGAACUUGUGUUUGAUCCCUGGGCCCUUUGUGGCCUGCAGCAAGGCUCACAUGCUCUCGGAGGAUGGCCGCUGCAAGACCUUUGAUGCCUCGGCCAAUGGCUAUGUGCGCGGUGAGGGUUGCGGCUCUGCAAUCCUGUCGUUGCUGGAUGACAACUCUACUCCCAUCAUCUCCCUCAAAGGCACCGCCGUGAACCAGGACGGUCGCAGCUCCUCGCAGACGGCGCCGCAUGGGCCCUCACAACAGGCGGUGAUCAUAACUGCCCUGAGUGAGGCGCAGGUCGAGCCCGGAAAGGUGAGUGCUAUGGAGACCCAUGGCACUGGGACUGCCCUGGGCGAUCCCAUUGAAGUGGGAGCUCUGAAAAACACCUACGGUGAGCAGCGCAGCUCGCCUUUGGCGCUGUGUGCGGUGAAGAGCAACUUGGGACACCUGGAGGGUGCAGCUGGCAUGGCUGGCAUGCUGAAGGUGAUGUCCAUGUUGCCCAAGAAGCAGGCACCACCAAACUUGCACUUUCAGGCGCUGAAUCCUCAUUGCGACUUAGAAGACUUCCCCAGCUUCAUCCCCUCAGAGACGUUGAUGACACUUUCGGCAGAGAACGCUUCCUCCUCCGGUUUGUCCUCUUUUGGAUUUGGAGGUACAAAUACCCAUGUGCUGCUUGAAGACUCUGCCAGUCCAGCAGCUGUUGUUGAAGCUCCAGUUUUCAAGCGCCAGUCAUUCUCUUGGCAACAAAGGCGGCAUGCCUUGCUCCAGCGAAAUCUCAAGACACCUGAGGGCGUGCAGGUCUUUGCACAACCAUUUGCUGGAAAGUUGCUGCAACUGGUCAGUCAUCACAUCAUUUUCGGUGAAAUUGUGGUUCCUGGUGCCACAUACUUGGAGAUGGUGCUGGCAGCUGGCGAGUUUCACCUGAAUUGCAAAGACAAGCAGUGGAGCAUCCGGAAGGUUGGCUUUACAGCACCAUUGGUGCUGAAGCAGGGUGAAGAGGGAAAGCUGGCGUGUGAGGUGGAUCUGUACUUGGAGCUCUUCCCAGACCAGCACUGGUCGAUGAGCAGUUACGAUCCCAAAGAGCGUAAGAAAUUGGCCACGCACGCGGAGGGCGAUUUGGACUUGAGCUUCCAAGAGCCUCAGUAUCCCUCUUUGGAUCUCACCGAGGUGCGCCAGCGCUGUGACGAGGAGGUGAGUAUUGAACGACUCUAUGUGCCCUUCUCCAAGAUUGGUUUGCCACUGCAGCCGCGCUUCCGCACUGUCCGUCACAUCCUCCGUGGAGAGAAGGAGGUCCUCGCACGAAUUGCGGCGCAAGAUGAUGGCACCAAUAGUGGGUACCUCUUCAAUCCCGCUGUCAUCGAUGGCACCUUCCAGGGCAGCAUGGCCUUUAUGUUGGAGCGGUACAGCAAAGAGGUGGAUGGCCUGAAUUCCCUUCGGAUUCCGCUCAUGGUGCAGAAGGUCACGCACUAUGCACAAGGAGCUCAGACUGACAUCUUUGUCCACCACGAGCUGGUAGAGAUCACCGAUCGGGAGAAUUGCGUGAAUUCCAAGCUCUGCAAAGAGGAUGGUACUGCCAUGCUUGGCUUCGAGACGCUUAGGUUCCGGGAGGUUCGGCCAGAGCAUAUCGCCAAGAUGCUGCAGCAAGCCACUGAUGAUGUGGAGGAAGAUAUCCUCCAGGUGGAGUGGAGUGCCUUGGAGGGCACGCCGGCAGUGGCCAAAGAUGGCGCCGGAGUGCUCUUUGUGGGCCGGGAGCCACGGAUCAGUGGUGCUCUUGAAAGGGAGGAAGAGAUGGCUGGAGGCAGCAAGGGCCGGGAAAAGGGAGGAGUUGGGUCAUUGCCUUGCUUGUACGGCCCAACAUUGGUGACCGAAGCAUCCCAAACCCUUUCCGAUCUCGGGCAACCUGAUUCGUUUGACCAAUUCUUUGACGAUAGAGUGGGCGAAGGGAAUGCCACUUCUGGCCCCGACGCACCUGCCCAUGCAAAGGCCAGCUUUGUGGAGAAGGCGAAUGAAGUAGAGAUCAAGGGGCUGAAGGCUGUCAUCCACUUGGCUGCCUUAGAGGUGGGACGACCGCUGUGCCGACCAUUGGCUGAUAUGUUUUGAACAAGUCCAGAUCGGACCCUCAUGACUAUGGGGUUUGGGGAUCUAUGAAGAACUUCCUUGCAUUGGUUUGUGCUUUUGCAAGCCGUUGGGAUAUCCUGUUGACUUCAUCUUUGAUGACCAUAGAUGCUGGUGAGUUCCUUGCAACCUUUUCAGGUUCCAAAGACAAGCCAGUGGUUUUCUCAUGUUUUCUAGCUCACUUCCAG